AUAUGGCCUCACAAGGAAGACAAGCGAUGCAUAAGCUCGGCAACAUGAUGCAAAAGGGUGGUGGCAGAGGAGCGUUUACGGGUGCAGGAGCUAUCAUUACCUUGGGUGUACUUGGCUUUGGAAUCAAUGCGAGUUUGUUUAAUGUCGAUGGUGGUCAUCGUGCAAUCAAAUACAGUCGUAUAUUCGGGGUUCAAAAAGAAGUAUUUAAUGAAGGUACCCACUUCAAGAUCCCGUGGUUAGAGAUCCCUAUCGUCUACGAUGUCAGGGCGAAACCAAGGAAUAUCGCGUCUCUGACUGGUACCAAAGAUCUUCAAAUGGUGAAUAUCACAUGCCGUGUCCUUUCAAAACCUAAAGUCGAUUCUCUGGCCACCAUCUACCGCUCCCUUGGAACGGAUUAUGAUGAACGCGUCCUUCCAUCUAUCGUGAAUGAAGUACUCAAAGCAGUUGUCGCGCAAUUUAAUGCAUCACAGUUGAUCACACAACGUGAACGAGUAUCGCGUCUUGUUCGAGAGAAUUUAACACGUCGUGCAUUACGUUUCAACAUAGUAUUGGAUGAUGUAUCCAUUACUCAUGUUGCAUUUUCACCAGAAUUCACUCAUGCA